CUUCGCACUGCAUAGGAACCCCGCCCCUAGACUGUCGUCCCGCCUAUCCUGAGCCGCAUGCGCACAAAUCCCUCCCAUAGACCCGCCCACCCUGAUCCUCAACCUGGCCCCUGGCCUUUCCCGCGCGGUCGAAUCCAGUACACCGGCAUAUGAGUCCCACCCCCGAUCUCGUCCUCCGCCUAUCCCGCGCCUCUCCGCGCAGGAUCCCCGCCCCCCACUUCACCCGCAGCCUAUCACGCGCCGCGUCGCUUCCUCGGCCUCAAACCCGCUCACGCCCGCGGAUGGGCGCGCGGCUGUGACGUCACUGCGUCGUUGGUAAGGUGCUGGCGGCCGGGGAGCUGCGUAGCUCCCGGCCCCGAGGCAAUGCCCAAGCGGGGCUGCCCUUUCGCGGACGCGGCCCCGCUACAACUUAAAGUCCGCGUGGGCCAGAGGGAGGUGAGCCGCGGCGUGUGUGCCGAGCGCUACUCGCAGGAGGUCUUCGAGAAGACCAAGCGACUCCUCUUCCUCGGGGCCCAGGCCUACCUGGACCAUGUGUGGGAUGAAGGCUGUGCCGUCGUUCACCUGCCAGAGUCCCCAAAGCCUGGCCCUACAGGGGCGCCGAGGGCUGCACGUGGGCAGAUGCUGAUUGGACCAGAUGGCCGCCUGAUCAGGAGCCUUGGGCAGGCCUCCGAAGCUGACCCAUCCGGGAUAGUGUCCAUCGCCUGCUCCUCAUGUGUGCGAGCCGUAGAUGGGAAGGCCGUCUGCAGCCAGUGUGAGCGAGCCCUGUGCGGGCGGUGUGUGCGCACCUGCUGGGGCUGUGGCUCCGUGGCCUGUACCCUGUGUGGCCUCGUGGACUGCAGUGACAUGUAUGAGAAAAUGCUGUGCACCAGCUGCGCCAUGUUCGAGACCUGAGGCUGGCUCAAGCCGGCUGCCUUCACCGAGAGCCACGCCGUGCAUGGCAGCCUUCCCUGGAUGAGCGCUCGGUGUUCACACUGAACUGUGGGGUCAGUGGGAAGGCCUUUUACAUGUUCUAUUUUGUAUCCUAAUGACAGAAUGAAUAAACCUCUUUAUAUUUGCACAA